GGUGAGAUCACCUGUAGGGGGCGACGAUGUGUUCUGGCUGUUCUGGCUCUGCUGCAAACGAUUGAAAAUAAAGGAUGUUUGAACUCGUCACUUCCGCCAAUCAGCUAGCUAGUUUGAGCUGCUAGCUAGCUAUGUGCUCGGAAAGCUUUCAGUACCGCUAAAGUGGGAAGUAACCAUGUCGGGUACAGGUGGAGGAAAGCGGGGUGGGGACAGUCCCCCUGGCCCACCUGAGAAGAAGUCGAAGAAAGAGGAGAAGACCACCACCACACUGAUCGAGCCCAUCCGAAUCGGCGGAGUCUCCUCCACGGAGGAAAUGGACACCAAGGUGCUCCAGUUUAAAAACAAGAAGCUGUGUGAACGACUGGAGCAGAGGCAAGCUAAUGAGGACGAGCUGCGAGAGAAGAUUGAAAAGUUGGAGAAACGUCAGGCCACUGAUGACACCACUCUUCUGAUUGUAAACCGUUACUGGAGCCAGCUUGACGAGAACCUUCAGGGUUUCUUGAAGCGUCUCCAGCCUGACACCCCUCCUGAGCCCGCUCCGGCUCCUGCGCCAGCUCCCCAUUCUGCCCUCACCUCGGAGCCUCCGGCCCCUUCCCCUGCCCUGAACCCUGACCUCCCCCCGGUGCCAGCGCCUGAGCCAGGCGCUGAGCCCCCACCUGCGCCACCUCCGGCAGAUGGAGACGGGCUGCCAGCGCCACCACAGCCCCCCGUGCCCGAUGGGGAGGAUGGCCAGCAGCAGCAGCAGCCAUCGCAGCAGGACACUCCACAGCAGGAUGGUCUGGACGAACCUGCCACGGGCACGCCAAAGGAAGAUGGCAUCCCAGCGCGGCCUCCUCCGACCCCGCUGAGCGACAGUGCCAAGGAGUUCCUGGCGACCCUGGACCACUGCUGCGAGGAGGAGCUGGGGCUGAGCCUGCAGGACCGCAUGCAGUUCAGCAAGGGUGCCGUGGCCUGCAUGGUGUGCGUCUUCGACCGGCUGCACACCGACGUGGAGGGGCUGUGUGCACGCGUGCAGAGCGCUGUGUGUGAGGACGAUCAUCAGAGGGAGGUCCAGGCCCAGAACCGCUCCCUACUGGAGGAGAACCGGAGACUGCAGCACCUCUCCGCAUCCCUGCAGGGCAAGCACCACAAAGUCUCCAUGGAGUAUAACGAGCUGGUGGACAAGGUGACUGGCUCGGAGACCAAGGUGUCUGAGAUGGAGACGGCAGUGGAGGACCUGCAGUGGGACAUCGAGAAGCUGCGCAACCGAGAGCAGAAACUCAACAGACACCUGGCAGAGGCGCUCAACCAGUUGAACUCGGGCUACUAUGCCACCGGCAGCUCAGGAGGACUCCCCGGAGGUCAGAUCACGCUCAGCAUACAGAAGUUUGAGCAGUUGAACGCGGAGCUGGAGCAGAACCAGGAGCUGGCCAACAGCCGCAUGACGGAGCUGGAGAAACUACAGCAGGAGCUGCAGGAGGCCGUCAGGGAGAGCGAGAGUCUCAAGAUGGACCUGCGCAACGUGCCCGAGGAGGUGGUGAAGGAGACGCCGGAGUACAAGUGUCUGCAGUCGCAGUUCUCCCUGCUCUACAGCGAGUCGCUCAGCGUCAAGACCCAGCUGGACGAGGCCCGAGCCCUGCUGCUCACCGCCAAGAAUGCCCACCUCAGGCAGAUCGAGCACAUGGAGAGUGAUGAGUUGUCUCUCCAGAAGAAGCUGCGUACGGAGGUGAUCCAGCUGGAGGACACGCUGGCCCAGGUGCGCAAGGAGUACGAGAUGCUGAGGAUAGAGUUCGAACAGAACCUCGCCGCCAACGAACAAGCAGGCCCCAUCAACCGUGAGAUGCGCCACCUGAUUAGCAGUCUGCAGAACCACAACCACCAGCUGAAGGGCGACGUGCAGCGCUACAAGAGGAAGCUCCACGAGACGCAGAUGGAGAUAAACAAGCUGCGUUGCCAGAGUGGAGACUCCAGCGCCGCGUCGUUACUCCUCGAGGAGCCUGUGAGUGACAGCAGUGGCGGCGGUGGCCUGGAGGUGAAGAAAGAGGACGACGAGGAGACGCAGGAGGACCAGGAGGAGGAGAGGAGGCGCGAGCAGGAGCGGCAGCGGGCGCGCGAGCGGGAAAGGGAGGCCGAGAGGGAGAGAGAGAGGGAGCGCGAGCGGGAGAGGGAGAGAGAGCGGCAGCGCAGCGAGGAGCUGAAGAGGAAAGACUCGGACACGCUCAAGAUACUGAGAGGAGAGCUCAAGAAGGCGCAGGAGUCCCAGAAGGAAAUGAAGCUGCUGCUGGACAUGUACAAGUCGGCCCCUAAGGAGCAGAGGGACAAGGUGCAGCUCAUGGCAGCUGAGAAGAAGGCCAAAGCAGAGAUGGAGGAGCUGAGGGUGCGAGUGAGGGAGCUGGAGGAGCGAGAGAGGAAGGAGAGCAAGAAGCUGGCUGACGAGGACGCACUGAGGAAGAUCCGCGUCGCCGAGGAGACCAUCGAACACCUGCAGAAGAAGCUCACCGCCACCAAACAGGAGGAAGAGGCCCUUCUGAGUGAGAUGGACGUGACGGGCCAGGCCUUCGAAGACAUGCAGGAGCAGAACAGCCGUCUGCUGCAGCAGCUGCGGGAGAAGGACGACGCCAACUUCAAGCUGAUGAGCGAACGCAUCAAGUCCAACCAGAUCUACAAGCUGCUGAGGGAGGAGAAGGAGGAGCUGGCAGACCAGGUGCUCACCUUCAAGACACAGGUGGAUGCCCAGCUGCUGGUGGUGCAGAAGCUGGAGGAGAAGGAGGGGGUGCUGCAGAGCACUCUGGCCGCCCUGGAGAAGGAACUGGCCAUACGCACACAGUCCCUCGAGCUCAACAAGAGGAAGGCGGUGGAGGCGGCCCAGUUGGCUGAGGACCUGAAGGUGCAGCUGGAGCACACACAGACCAAGCUGAGGGAGAUCCAGGCCUCCGUCCUGGACAACCGCACCGCCCGCGAGCGUGAGAGCAGCAACCUCAAACGCGCACAGGAGGAUCUGUCGAGGCUUCGCCGCAAGCUGGAGAAACAGAAGAAGGUGGAGAUGUACACUGAUGCCGAUGAGAUCCUUCAGGAGGAGAUCAACCAGUACAAGGCGAAGCUGCGCUGUCCGUGCUGCAACAUGCGUGACAAGGAGACGGUGUUGACCAAGUGCUUCCACGUGUUCUGCUACGAGUGCCUGAAGACGCGCUACGACACGCGGCAGCGCAAGUGCCCCAAGUGCAACGCGGCCUUCGGAGCCAACGACUUCCACCGCAUCUACAUCACCUAAAAGACUUCAGAGGCACCAUGGGCUUACCAAGCCCUCCCCACCAGGGCUUCACCUGACCCCAGCGAUGGAGCAAGGAGAGGGGGGACGGGCCACGACAAAAAAAGGCAAAAACAAAACAAAACAGAAGCAGAAGUGGCUGCAACCCCCUGUGGACUGAACCAAAGUACCGGGAGUGGGGAAGGUGGGAGAGGAGAAGAGGGAGGGAGGGAGUGGGAGUGAGGGAGCGAGGCAGGGAGGGGGUAGCGGAAGGAAGG